GAAAAAAUUCAACCUCCACGCGGAUCUGGCGACCUCUGACCUCUAACAGCUGACCUCGUUUCUCAAACAAAAAUGGCGGCGGUGCACCAGGAAAAACUUUUACUAGGUAUGGAGUUGGGCCAGGUCAAAAUUUGACGGCAUCAACUGACGUACCAGACAAUCCCACCAACAUCCUCAUCCUGACUCUCCUACUAAAAAUCACCACAAUCAUGACAUGAAGCUGCUCCAACAACAGGACACCCAGAUAUGAUGCAGCUGUCAUGAAAUCAGCCAGCUGCUUAGGUUGAAACAAAAAAAUCCCCCGAGGGAUUCAAUCUUCGGCUGGAUUUCAGGAUGGCGUUUAUAGAGGACCCUGCGUUUGUACUGUCGUACCUACGACAGGCUUUCAUAACCAGCGACGACACGGGGAUGUCGGAGAUGGUCCUCGUAGACGAGGACAUCGAACACUGGGACAGCAUCAAGCAGGAGCGCGAAGGCACGCCCAAAACCAGGAGCACCAGCGAGAAACCGCAGAACCUGGAGUACGGAGACAUUUCUCAGUCGUUUGACAUCACGGCCUCCAGUCUGGACUGGGGGAUUCGCAGACGGACCAACACGGCACAACGUCUGGAGAAGUUAAAGAAGGAAAGACAGAAUCAAGUGAGAUGUCGGAAUGUACAAUGGAAGGAGAAACCCGUAGAUAUGUCAGCAGAAGAGAUGGCAGGAAUGUUUGAGAAGAAGGACCUAUCAGAGAAGAAGUCAGCUGCUGCCCCCCAGAAGACAUCAGUCCUGGCAGAACAGUUAGAACAGAGUCCUGUCCUCACCAACAACCCAUUUAUCGAGUUCUCCAAGUUUGAUGGCAAGGGUCAUGUAGGGUCAACUGCCACCAAGAGAGUGGAUAUCUUCCUCACCAUGACAACGGGAAAGGAGCGCAAUUUCCCCCUCACCGUGGUCGUCCUGGCAACUGCCCGUGUGCAGGACCUGAUUGGUCUGAUCUGUUGGCAGUACACCAAUGAGGCGAAGGAACCCAAACUUAUAGAGAAUGUGGAGGCAUAUUGUCUCCACAUAGCAGAAGAUGAUGGAGAAGUGGACACAGACUUCCCUGCACUUGAUGCUAAGGAGCCUUUUGCCAAGUUUGGCUUCACCACACUGGCCCUGGUGGAGAAACCUAAGGACAAAGAACAGCAAUCAGAGAUCAUGCUAGUCACUGUGAAUGUCCCCCACAGUGGUUUCUCCCGUAUCCAGGUGGAGUCCCUGGGCCUGACGAUGAAGGAGAUCCUCCACAGGGCACUCAAACGGAGGAAGGGCAGGGUCGACCCUUCAGGUCCAGACUAUGUCCUAGAGAAGCAGUCCCAGCCUGGAGUGUGUGUGGACUUAGACAGUACACUGGAGAGUAUGAACACUAUGGAGUUCUGUCUGGUCAGACAACACAGAACCCACGGCAGGGCCAAGCGGAAGGCACAUGGUACCCGUGGUGAGGUUGAAGAAGAGACAGAAGUGAACAGAAACAUGUCUGAAAUGGAGGCCUCCCUCAGCAGUCUUCACUACAAGUCUUACCGAGUCAACAUGUUCACUAAACUUAGAACAAGCACUAUCAUUCAACUGGGUGUAUCCGGGGAGAAGAUCGAGAUAGACCCGCUAACCCAGCACAAGUCCACAGCAGCGAAGUUCCUGUCCAAACAGAAGCCUGUCUCCUACGACGCAGACCUGGUCGCAGCCUGUGAGGUCACUGAUGACAAGCACGGUCGGGAAACAUUCCGCCUGACGUAUCAGAGCGGCAGCGACUUCAAGCACCACGACUUUGAAGCCUCCAGCUCUGUGGCCUCCGAAGUCGUCACCAAGAUUAACCACAUCCUGGAGCUGCGCGCCAGCCCAGUCCGCGCUGACUACCUCGCCUUCAAGGAGAGGAAAGCAAGUAAGAAGCACGGGCUGUUGUCAUGAGGGAAGGGACUGUCAUAGGAAGACUUUAGACACUUGCAUUUUCUUACAAAAGAUUGUCUUAAUCAAAGCAAGAAUAAACAUCUUUUUUACAACAUUUUGUACAAUCUCUUAGCUGCAACGUUAUGGCUUGUCUGUUUUAGAUUCUGUGCUUUUGUUCCUGAACCUUUAGUCUGUUACUGGCUGGCACCAGAGUAAGUUAGCUUCGACUGUAAAUCUGUAUUUCAUGUCUGCAUUGAAUGUUUCUGUGUCAGAACUUGUAGCUAAUUGAUGCAUACAACAUCAGUUUGUUCUUAACCUUCUCCUACUGCCAAACCUGGCAACCGAUACAAAUCUGGUGCCAAAAGGCUACCUUAACAGGUUGUAGGUUACAUGCUUCUAUUUGGGAUACAAAAACAGGCUGUUGGCACAGCCAAUCAUUCGAGAGAUUACUGCAGGAGACAUUGAAAAGAAACUGUUGUAUAUACUGUACAUGUAUGUAGGUUUUUAAGUUGUGGGGCCAAAAUUUCAGCCAAUCUAUACAUGUUUUAGGAAAUUCCAUUAGUAUACCUGAGUGCAGUAUGUUGGUAUCAUUAGCUGCGCUUGCAUUCAAUUUGUAAGAAUGGCCUCGAAUGAAUGAAUGAACACCAGUCUGAGUUGUUCCAGAAAAAAUUGGGAAAGAGAGAACAAGACAAGAGAAAAAAGAGAGGGGGAUUAUUUCGCCAUGUUUUAUAUAAUAGCAGAGU